CCUACCCCGUUGCCGCACCGGAUCCUGCUGACCCCCUCCGCUCCUACUCCCCUGCGUCUGCUCGUCGUCUCCCCGCUCCAAACCCUAACUCCAAUCGGAACGGCCGAAAAAAUUCGCGAAAAUCGCGCACAAUUUCGCUACAGACUACCUUCCGGGCGGUGAUGCAAUGAUGCACAUGCUAGUGGCCCCGGAUGGGGGCGGAGGGGAGCUGCAGCCGUACGGCGCGCCGCCGGCGGAGCAGGAGCUGGAGCUCCUCCGCGAUAACGCCGAUGACGGCCUCGAGGGCCACGUGCGGUGUCUGCGGUGCGGAAUAUCCGGCAAUGCUACGCCCCAUAUGCGGCGUGGGCCUGAUGGCCCAAGAACUCUUUGCAAUGCGUGUGGCAUUGCUUACAGGAAGGGGAAAAUGAGAAGAAUGAUAGAAGCUGAACCACCCAUAGAUGAGGCUUCGCUUGCGAAGCUGGUUCCAGAGGUAGGCAUGGAAUUUGUGAGUGAGGAAAAGGCAUACGAGUUCUACAACAAAUAUGCUGGGCAUGUUGGCUUUAGCGUUAGGAAAAGUACAUCACACAAAUCUUCGGAAAAUAUUACCAAAGUAAGAACUUUUGUGUGCUCAAGAGAAGGCUACAACAGGGAUAAAAAAUCACUGGAAGCAAAGAAGCCAAGAUUGGAUACACGAAUCGGUUGCCCGGCGAGAUUGAUUAUAAAAGUCACACCAGAGUGCAAGUAUAGAGUAACUGAUUUCAAAGCAGACCACAAUCAUCAGCUAGCCCCUCCUUCAACGAUGCAUAUGUUAAGGUCGCAGAGGAUAUUGACAGAACUUCAGUCUGGAGAAGCAGAACUAUCAGAUGAUUCUGUAGUGACACCAACAACAAAAGCAACCGGUGAUCUUGUUGUGAGACAAGUCAGUUUCCUUCGGAGUAUCUCUCUCCUCCCAGCCGAUUACAAGAAUUAUCUCCGUUCGAAGCGUAUGAAGGCCAUGCAACCUGGUGAUGGUGGAGCAAUAUUGAAAUAUUUACAGACAAUGCAAAUGGACAACCCCUCAUUCUUUUACACUAUGCAAAUUGAUGAGGAUGACAAACUGACUAACUUCUUUUGGGCUGACCAAAAAUCUAGAGAUGACUUCAACUAUUUCAGUGAUGUGCUCUGCUUAGACACAACAUACAAAAUAAAUGGAUAUGGUAGACCACUUGUGUUAUUCCUUGGUGUGAAUCACCAUAAACAAACAAUUAUUUUUGGUGCAGCUAUGCUUUAUGAUGAAUCAUUUGAAUCAUACAAGUGGCUUUUUGAGAGUUUUAAGAUCGCUAUGCAUGGGAAACAGCCUGCAGUAGCUUUGAUAGAUCAAUCAAUUCCAUUGAGUAGUGCAAUGGCAGCCGCCUGGCCAAGUACCACUCAACGAAUUUGUGCUUGGCAUGUGUAUCAGAAUUCUCUUAAGCACCUCAAUCACGUUUUCCAAGGUUCGAAGACAUUUGCAAAGGACUUUAGCAAGUGUGUCUUUGGCUAUGAGGACGAAGAUGAAUUCGUGUUUUCAUGGAGAAGUAUGCUGGAAAAGUAUGAUCUUAGACAUAAUGAAUGGUUGUCUAAAGUGUUUGCUGAGAAGGAACAAUGGGCCUUGGCAUAUGAUAGACAUAUAUUUUGUGCUGACAUCAUAAGUGCACUUCAAGCCGAGAGUUUCAGUAGUAUUUUGAAGAAAUUCUUGGGUCCUCAACUGGAGCUGCUGUCCUUCUUCAAGCACUAUGAAAGAGCAGUGGAUGAACAUCGCUAUGCGGAGCUGCAAGCUGACUUCCAAGCUAGUCAGAGCUAUCCAAGAAUACCCCCAGCCAAGAUGUUAAAGCAAACUGCUCAUACAUACACCCCAGUGGUGUUUGAGAUCUUUCGUAAAGAGUUUGAGCUAUUCAUGGACUCUGUGUUAUUCAGUUGUGGGGAGGUUGGGACGACAUCUGAGUACAAGGUUGCUUCAUCUGAGAAACCCAAGGAACACUUUGUUCGAUUUGAUUCAAGUGAUUGCUCCUGUCUGUGCACUUGUAGGAAGUUUGAGUUUAUGGGUAUCCCAUGCUGUCACAUGUUGAAGGUGCUAGAUUACAGAAAUAUCAAAGAGCUACCUCAAAAAUAUAUGUUGAAGCGAUGGAGAAGGACUGCAAAAUCUGCGGAUGAAGACAAUGAAGGUAAUGCAACAAAUGCCAAUGGGUCAUCAUUGAAUGCCCCUGCUCCUCCUGCAAAUCACCAUGGGCUUCAGAGCUUCAGUGCAAUGAUUCAAGAUGCUUCUGUUUCUAAUAUGCAUUAGAAAUUAGAAUUCAUCUCAUAGAAGCUCUUAAUGCAGGGUUAAUGCCAACGAUGCAUGUAAGACUCCACAAUGUUGGCCAUUGAAGCAUUGGAUCAGCCACCAUCAAGCACCCAUGCAUUUACCUUGUAAGACUCCGCAUCGCUGGCCAUGGAAGCAUUGGUUAGGCUGCUGUCAAGCGCCCCUGAAUAAGUAGGGCAACCUGUACAUUGUUCAGCCGUAGGAGAUUUUAGUUACUGUCUUAGUGAGGCAACAAUCCUUAGCAUAGACUGUAGAGUAGUUUUUUAAUUUAAAAUCAUAAUGCUUGUAUCCCGCUUCAAAUAAUUCAGAAAUUUUGUGCAUGCCUAAUAAAUGCUAGCCCAUUUGUUAUUAGGAGCAAAAAAGUUGCAAUUCAGGCACUUCUACAGAUCGUUGUACUAUGCUCGAGAAGUGGAUGCGUCUGAAACCUGUGUGCAGGCAGCCUGAGCUUGUGGCCGGCCUGUGCAGAGCAAGUAGACCCCUCCUCAUGAGUCAUGAUACCGGAGUUGAGUACAGUUUCAGUUAGAUUCAGAUCUGGAGGCUUCAUUUCGCCUGUGGCUGAGCUGGACGGGCUCGUGCAUUGAAGUGUUGGGGGGGCAAAGCCAGAGCAGCCUUGGCGCGCCUGCGGACCAGCGAUGCUCUGGCCUGGUGCUGGUGGUAUGCUUGCUAUAUCUGUUUCUGAAGGUGUUCAAUGUUGUUGUCCCAUGGUUCAUGACUAUGUACACCAUAUUUGCAAUAGAACAGCUUGCAAAGGCCA